ACGCCGAUACGGUACAGUAAUCUGUUAGUUCGAAAUAAUAAAACAUGAAGAUAUUGCGAGAAAUCGAACUUGUCAGAUCAGUGUCGAUUCACGUCCAAUUAGUUGAUAUUGAGUUUAUGGCGCGUUUGUCAGCAAGAUGAUGUUUUUGGUAAUAUUGUUGUUAGGAACUUUGGGAUCGAUCGAUGCUGGAACAGGAACAGAAACGGAUGUCCGUCAGGUCUUGCCAAGCGUUUACGAGUACUUUCAGACGGUAAAUGAAUCUCCACUUGUUGGACUUGUAGCGGAUGCGGAUGGUUUUAAGUUAAAUGGAAAGCUUAUCAGAAUCGUAAGUGGAGCUAUUCAUUACUUUCGAACACAUCCGAACCAAUGGCGUGACAGAUUACAGAAGUUAAGAGCUAUGGGUGCCAAUACAGUCGAGACAUAUGUCCCGUGGAAUCUACAUGAGCCGAAUCAAGAUUAUUUUGAUUUCGGUAAUGGAAACGAAGAUAUGUCGGCAUUCUUAGACGUACGACGAUUCGUUCAAAUGGCGCAAGAAGAAGACUUGCUCGUUAUUUUCCGACCAGGUCCAUUCAUUUGUGCCGAGUGGGAAUUCGGAGGCUUACCAAGUUGGUUACAAAGAGAUCCAAAUAUGAACGUAAGGACCAGCUAUCAACCUUAUCUGGAUCGAGUGAAAAUUUACUUGGAUAAUUUACUGGCUCAAAUCGUGGACCUGCAAUUUUCUAGAGGAGGUUCCAUCAUUGCCGUUCAAUUAGAAAAUGAAUAUGCCGUUUUCUGGCCCAUCGAUCUCCCUUACAUGGUGUAUUUGAAAGAAGUUGUCGAAAGUAACGACAUCGAUUCGCUUAUAUUUACCUCGGACAAUUCUUGGAACGGUUUCCGCGGAACUCCGCCUGGGGUAUUCCUGACAGUCAAUUUUCAAACGGAACCCGAACAAAAUCUGGAAACGCUUCGUGAAAUACAGCCGGACAAACCGCUAAUGGUUAUGGAAUUUUGGACCGGUUGGUACGACUAUUGGUUUGGAGAGCACAAUCUAAUUCCUGCUGAACAGUUCGAAAUUUGGUACGAGACCAUAUUGCGGUACAACGCAUCAGUUAAUUUGUACAUGUUUCACGGUGGAACCAAUUUCGGAUUUAUGGCAGGUGUAACACCGAAUUGGGAUGCUCCGUACGAUAGUAAAGUGGUAACAACGUCUUAUGAUUAUGAUUCCCCACUGACGGAAUCCGGUGGUUAUACCGAAAAGUACUACAAAGCAAGAGAUUUAAUCGAAACGUAUCAAAUUCCCCCGUUACACCGACCUGCACUGAUUGCAGAAAGUCCUACAACGGCCUAUCCACGAGUGGAACUACGAACGUAUUUGAAUUUCAACGAAAUAAUCAACCAAAUACCGAGCGACGCAAAAUUUAUUUUCAACGAUGUCGUUUCAAUGGAAAAUCUACCGAUGAACAACAAAGGUGGAACAUUCAGUGGUCAGUCGUAUGGAUACAUAAUUUAUAGGAUCAAGGCAUCGUUUUCCGUGCCAACGUCUUAUUGGGCUGGUCCUGUACAAAAUUUCGCAGUUCUGAUUGUAGAUGGAGUUAUAAAAGAUACUCAAGAUACCCAGGCUGUACGUCCUGAUUAUUGGAUUGACAGUCAACGAGGAACGGUACUGGAACCAAAGAAUGGUGUGGAACAGACAAUCGAUCUUCUGAUUGAAAAUUCGGGACGACACAAUGUUGGUGGGGAAAAUGAAUUCAAGCAACAAAAAGGAUUACCGGCAGACUAUGGUGGAUACAUUUCAUUAAAUGGCGUCGACCAAACCAGAAUAGAGACAUUUGCCUUGGAAUUUAAAUCCGAUUGGGUGAAAAGCUUGUCAAAUUGGAAGACUAUCGAUUCAUCACUACAAGCUCCGUGUCUCAUGCAAGCAACAUUCGAAAUAUCUGGCCAGCCUACCGACACGUAUUUGGAUGUGAGCUCUUGGCAUAAAGGAAUCGUCUUUGUAAAUGGAUUCAAUAUCGGCCGAUAUUUCAAAGUUGGACCAUACAGAAAUCUAUACAUUCCGGCACCAUUACUGAAAACCGGCUCGAAUACGAUUACAAUUUUCGAGCAACUCAAUCCGGGUAGUUCAGUGGCAUUUAGAGAAUCGCCAUACGAUGUUGAAGAUGCUCCAGGAGCAGUCAGCUCACUGCAUAGACAUUCGCUCAUCUACGUAUUUUUCGUAGUUUUUUGUAUUCUUUUUACUCGUUCAGUAAAGUAAUUAAAAAAGUUUCGUCG